AUGGUGGAGGCCGCAGGCCGGGGUCGAGCCGGGCUGACACCGCCCGGGGUGGCCACACACAGACCUGCUGAGCCCGGCUGCUUUCCCGUGAAGUCACCUCUGGUGUCUCCUGAUGAGGAAAGCCAAACUGGAUCAGCUGCCUACGGAGUUAGGGAAUCGAGAACAGACCUAACACCAGGAGCCCCUGCUGCAAGGUCAGAUUUAUCACUGCCCUGUGUGGGUAUGGCCAUGAGAAAAAUGGGAAGCAUGGCCAAACCAGAUGUUUACAUUAUUAAGGAUGGGGACACGAUCACCGUAAAAACAGAGAGCACCUUCAAAACCUCACAGUUCAGCUUCAAGCUUGAUGAGAAAUUUGAGGAAAAUACAUUAGAUGGCAGGAAAACUCAGACCCUUGUGAGCCUGAAAGAUGAUGGGUCGGAAUGGGAUGGGAAGAAGACUGUAAUAACACGGAAACUAGUGGAUGGACAAUUGGUGGUGGAAUGUGACAUGAAUGGUGUCAAGUGUGUUAGAGUCUACCAGAAAGCAUGAGGAUGUCUCCAUGUUCAGUAGGAUCUUGCCACAAUCAACUCAGUUCAGUGGACAGGGCUCCUUUACACUCCGUAUUUUCCUUUUCCCUGUUUUUCUAGUAUUUCAGUGGACUAAGUAGCUGAGUGCAAUCCUUUUUAAAAGCCGUGAUGUAACUAUUAUGUAACUAUUCUGAAAUUAUGAGGCUAUUAAAUGAAAUUGUCAAAUAUAUGAAGUGGAGAUGUUGUUACUAUAGUGGAAUUUCAAAGUGAGGUUUUAUAAAAACUCAGUUUGGUUUUAGGCUCUACUACAAACUGCCUUCAGUUCAAGAUAAUGCAAUAGAUGGUGAUGAACAGCUAAUAGCAAGCUGGAUUUUGCCUAGUCUUUUCAUCCUUAAUUGCUAAGGUAGUAAAAUCUGAAACAGAAUGAAAAAAACAUUCAGAGAUCAGGAUCU